CCGCAGUUUGUGAACCUUCCGCCUCACUAUCCCAUCAACGGUUUGGGCGCAACACAUGAGACACGCGUUGUCCGCAAGAGACAGAUCGUGGACCCAAACGUGCCGUCAUUUGUCAAACCGGAAUCGCUUCAGUGGUCUGAUUGGCGAAUGUUGAGGGACUGUCGCCGCCGAUACAUCUUCGCCCGCUAUCACCCCAACCGCACGUUUCUCUAUACCAUUCGUCGCUGCAAACUAUUGCCGUCCAAUAUCAGGGAGGUGGCCCUCGAAGAGGACCGCGCGUUUCCGAAGGACGCCCACAUCGAUCACCUCAACAAUCGGUGUAUCAUAAGUUCGCGCGCGAGAGGAAACUUCAAGCGAUAUAAGAUUAGUCGACACAUGUGGAGAGGUUUAGCCGAUUAUAACCAACUGUCGGGAGUGGCCAAAGCCUGCUGGUGACCACUGCUGACCACCCGCUGCUCACCAACUGUUUUCGCUAAUCAUUUAAAUAAUAGUCGCCGUGUUUUUAGUCAGUUUAUCGAUUAGUCAUUUUUCUUAUAGAAAAAGUCUGUAGUUUUUGUUUAAAUAAUAAUAAUAGAC